UUCACCCCCCCUGGAAUGGUGUUGCGCUAUUAAUCAACCCAUAAUACACUCUUUUCUCAUUCACUGUUUCCCUAUUGAUAUCGAUGCCGUAGCCCCUGUUAUCGGCUCUCUAGCUCCCUUGUCGUCCCUUCUGCUGCUCCCGGCAGCAACCUUCCCAGGUACCAGAACCUCUGUCUACUGGCAACUCAAGAACCAUUGUUCCGUAUCGCCUUAAGUCGGGUCUACACCUCCGCUGGCUCUUGCCAUAACUCUUCUCAUCUACGAUAUUCAUACAACCUUCUAUCAUCUCUGUGUUCAUAUCCAUCAUGGCAACCGAGACGUUUGCGGCCGGUGACCUGCGCCGUGCGGGCAAAGAGGUCAAGCGUGAUCAUGACCACAAGGCCAAGUGGGCAUAUGGGGCUCGCGCCAAUCUUCCUCGAAGCCAGACUCAGGCAGUUGUCCCUCUUCGACCUGCCCUUCCGGAAACUCACUGGAUGAGAUCACACCGCCUCGAAAAGAGAGACCACCAGCAUAACCUCAACCAGCUGGCCCGUGGCGCGAAGACCGCUUUCCGCUACGAUGUCAACGAGGUCCUGGAUCAGGGGCACUCUGACUCAUCCACCGACGAGGAGACCCACGAGCCCACCGCCGCUGAGACCGGCCUGGACGAACAGGAGGACGAUCUUCUAGUGUCUUAUGAAGCCUCUGGUCAGACCAUCCUUUCCGACGCCAUCUCCAAAGCGGUCGAGAAGUUUGAGACAAAGGAGACGGAGAAACUUGUCAAGGAGUACGAAUUCGUGUCGAGGGAGAGCGAGUCUAGCGCUGGCUACACCGCCGACGAUGACGACUUCGAGCUUGUCGACCAUGUCGAUAUCUGAACGCCCAUGACGAUUGCGUUGCGUUGUAUUUCUUUCCGUCUUCAAGUCUGCAUACCCAUUACGAUGAUACCACCGCAGCGCGGGAGGAGUUUGGAUUCGGUGUCUUUGCAUUAUCCGCGACACUUUUAGAGCUUCAUGGUUCGCUCGCUUUAUUCGAUCAGGGAAGGGUUUGUUUAUCUGGCGUCACGAGAAGAACGCCGCUCUUCGAGGACUUGAGCCUGUAGGACAAGAUUAGAUUGGACAGGGACCGUUUCGGUGACGGCUUUCACGUUCGUUUUGAUGACCAACGUUACCAGACAUAUGCCCUUUGUAAUUAGCCGAAUAUCAUUAUCUUUCUGAGAAUUAAUACAUCUGAAUCCAGAGCCUUUUCCAG